CAGAAAAUAUUGAUGGCGACCACAUGCCUGUCGGAUCAGUGGCAGCACAGUUGUGAAUUCCAUUAUUGAUUAUUGACAGCAAAAGCCAGCAGAAUGAAGGACACACCGCUUUCUAACUGUGAGCGGGAUUUCUUGCUCAAAGCCAUCGAAGAGAAAAAGCGUCUGGAUGGACGGCAGACCUAUGACUACAGGAAGAUGAAGAUCACAUUCGGAACAGACUAUGGAUGCUGCUUCGUGGAUUUGGGGAAAACCAGGGUCAUGGCCCAGGUGUCGUGUGAACUGGUGGCUCCUAAAGAGAGUCGACCAAACGAGGGAAUCAUGUUCUUCAACAUCGAGCUGUCGCCUAUGGCCUCACCAGCAUUUGAACCGGGCAGACAGUCUGAGUUGUCAGUGAAGCUAAACAGACAGCUGGAGAGAUGCUUGAGGAACUCUAAGUGCAUUGAUACUGAGUCCCUGUGUGUGGUGUCUGGAGAAAAGGUGUGGCAGAUCAGAGUGGACGUUCACAUGUUGAAUCAUGACGGGAACCUGAUGGACGCUGCCAGCAUCGCUGCCAUCACCGCUCUGUGCCACUUCAGACGCCCUGAUGUGGGCAUCCAGGGAGAUGAAGUGACAGUGUACAGUGCAGAGGAGAGAGACCCUAUUCCUCUCAGUAUCUACCACAUGCCCAUCAGUGUCAGCUUCUCCUUCUUCCAACAAGGAACCUAUCUGCUGGUGGACCCCUGUGAGCGGGAGGAGCGGGUGAUGGACGGCUUGCUGAUGAUUGCCAUGAACAAACACAGAGAAAUUUGCUCCAUCCAGUCUAGCGGGGGCAUCAUGUUGCUAAAAGAGCAGGUUAUGAGAUGCAGUAAAAUAGCCAGUGUCAAAGUGUCUGAAAUCACAGAACUCAUCAGCAAAGCCCUGGAGAACGACAAGAAAGCAAGGAAGGCGGGUGGUAGGUGCGGUUUUGCGGAGUCUAUGCCUCAAGAGCGAAUCACAGCACUGAAAAUGGACGAGACUCCAGUGGAGAUGACAGAUGUGACGGAUAGAGCCAGUGACAUCAUUCAGAGAGCCGAGGCCCCGCCUCAGACAGUGCCUUCCCCAGUGGUGCCCGUCCCAGGUGUGGGUCAGGUAGGGCAGGGGCUGCAGAACUCCUGGGGGCUGGAGGAGGAGGAUGAAGAGGAGGAAGAAAAUGACAACAGUGGUGAAGAACAGGAGGAAAAAGUAACAAAGAUGGAGGAGGAACAACAUGAAAAGGAGGAGAGCAGAGGAGGAGAUGUGGUUGAGAUAUCUGACAGUGAAGAGGAGGAGGUGGUCAUACUUCAUCCGGAGACACCAGACAAAACUCCAAAAAAUACAGGACCAAGUUCCCACCAGAAGAGGGCAGCAGCAUCAAAGAAAAGACAGAAAAAAUAAAAAGGAUCUACUUUAUCUCACAGCAGUCAGAGAUCUUCAUACUCAGUGCCAGAGACUGCAGCAUCUCUUCAUGAUAAAGACUCCUGUCUUGGCUGAAAUGAUUCCUACCUGCUAUAGCUGAGAACUGGAUGAAAUAGAUGUUACAGUACAGACACUUACUGUAUACACUCAAGUUUACUUCUUGUUUGUAGCCACUUGCAUCCAUUUAGAAACAGACUGCUUACAAAAGAAUGGAAAAUGAUUUGUAAGAUAUUUUUUUAACAACAAAAAGGCUCUAAAAGGUUUGUGAUGGGUAUGAUUAAAAUGAAUAUUCCCAACAGCUGUUAGGUGUAUAUCAGACGUUUACGUUUCAGUUUGCACAGUGGUAUAUUUUUGUAAGGAAAAAUGUGAUCUGUGGUGCUGAUUGUGAAUCGAAAUAAAGAAGAAAAUAUAUGAAUCUUUA